CAAAAAAGAGGAAAAACAGCAAAACCAGCAGAAACAGCAAAACCAACAGAAUCAGAACAAACAGGAAAAAAAAAGAUGAAAAGACGAACAGAUGAAACAGGAGGAAAAAAAGCGCGAAAGGCACGAGAAGCACGGAUCCGAAACAAACUGGAAGGGGAGAAGCAAAGUGAAAAGAGUGAAUGAGCAGCAAAAGCAGCAGCAGAAACAGAACCAAACGCAGCAGAGGAAGCAGAAGAAGCAAAUCCACUAGAAGAAGCAGCUGGGCCUCAAAUCCUCGUUCGCUCGCGGACGGCGGAGGCGGA